CUCCCUAAGUUGCGCAGGUCUCCUAUUCGCAAACAAAACAUUUCCAGUCCUUCUGAAGCGGAGACCGUCUCCGGUGAACGGUGGAAGUCCCGGGGUGAGGAGAAGGAGGGACGGAAUGCGCGGCGCCUGAGGAGAGCCCGCGGGAACAUGGCCGUUGCGCCCCACCCUGGCCUCUAUGGGCAAAGCAGCGGAGUUGUGUUGACGGAGCGGCAAUGAAGUUGUCACUGUCCUUGUGACUUGACAGGCAGGGCGACGGUGGCAGCUCCCUGCGGGGGACUUUGUACUGGGGCUCUGAUAGUUCUGCCCUGCAGGAGACAUGCUAGCCUUCAUAGCCAGGAGCAUGAAGGUUGGUGGGCCUGCAUGUUAAUUAGUCAGUGCAGCGAUGGAUGAGCGGCGCCAGGCAGAUCAGGCCAGGCCGGCCCGCUUGGUGAGGCCCGUCUCCUUGGUGAAGCUGCCGGGUAGGUACUUGGCACACCAAGAGGGGUUGCCAAACCUUCCCGUACCCCAAUUGCAACAAACGCUGGACAAGUACCUUCUGGCCUUGAAACCUCUGGUCCCUGAAGACGAAUGGCACCACACCAGCCAGCUGGUGGAGGACUUCCGGACAUCUGGAGUGGGCGAGCGGCUGCAGAAGAGGCUUGAGAGGAGAGCGAAGAAGACUGAAAACUGGCUUGCCGACUGGUGGCUGCAGACGGCUUACCUAGAAUACCGCCUGCCGGUGGUGGUGCACUCUAGCCCCGGGGUGGUUUUACCAAAGCAAGAUUUUGCAGACCGCCAGGGGCAGCUAAGAUUUGCGGCAAAGCUGAUUGAGGGCGUUCUGGACUUCAAAGCCAUGAUAGACAAUGAGACCAUACCCGUGGAAUAUCUUGGUGGUAAACCGCUAUGUAUGAAUCAGUACUAUCAAAUUCUAUCAUCGUGUCGAAUUCCUGGCCCAAAGCGUGACUCCGUGGUCAACUACAGCCAAGUGAAGAAGCCCCCCACUCACAUAACUGUGGUCCAUAACUUCCAGUUUUUUGAACUGGACGUGUACAACAGUGAUGGAAGCCCCCUCACCGUCGAUCAGAUUUUUAUUCAACUGGAAAAGAUCUGGGGGACCUCCCUACAGUCGAACAAGGAGCCCAUUGGCAUCUUGACUUCCAAUCACAGGAACAGCUGGGCCAAGGCCUACAACAACCUUAUCAAAGAUAAAACAAAUAAGGAGUCAGUGCGCUCAAUCGAGAAGAGCAUCUUUACCGUGUGCCUGGAUGGUCCAAUACCCAAGGUCUCUGAUGAUCACUACAAGAGCCGAGUGGCCGCUCAGAUGCUGCAUGGCGGAGGCAGCCGCCUGAACAGUGGCAACCGGUGGUUUGACAAAACCCUUCAGUUCAUAGUAUCAGAGGAUGGGUCAUGUGGGCUGGUGUAUGAACACGCUCCAGCAGAAGGACCACCCAUUGUGGCCUUGCUUGACCACGUCGUUGAAUACACGAAGAAGCCUGAUCUGGUGAGGUCGCCGAUGAUUCCUCUGCCAAUGCCAAAAAAACUUCGCUUCAACAUCACUCCAGACAUCAAGAAUGACAUUGAGAAAGCCAAGCAAAACCUGAACAUAAUGGUUCACGACCUGGAUGUCAAGGUGUUUGUUUUUGACGUUUUUGGGAAAAAUUUCCCGAAGGCAGAAAAGCUGAGCCCAGAUGCCUUUAUCCAGGUGGCGCUCCAGCUGGCCUAUUUCCGGAUGUACGGACGAGCCUGCGCCACUUACGAGAGCGCGUCGCUGCGAAUGUUCCGCCUUGGAAGGACGGACACUAUCCGCUCUGCCUCUGUGCAGUCUCUGGAGUUUGUGCAAGGAAUGGAGGAUUCUGGGAAACAGAACAUGGAGAAGGUGGAUCUGUUGAGGAAGGCGGUUCAAGCUCAUCGUGGCUACACAGACAUGGCAAUCGGUGGAAAAGCCAUAGACCGCCAUCUUCUGGGAUUGAAGCUUCAAGCCAUUGAGGAUUUGGUCAGCAUUCCGGAGAUCUUCAUGGAUACGUCUUACGCCGUGGCCAUGCAUUUCAACCUCUCCACCAGCCAGGUGCCUGCAAAGACAGACUGUGUCAUGUGCUUUGGCCCAGUGGUGCCUGAUGGGUACGGCGUUUGCUACAACCCCAUGGAAGAUCACAUCAACUUCUCCGUAUCCGCGUUUAACAGCUGCGCUGAAACCAACGCAGCCAGGAUGGCCCAUUAUUUGGAACGGGCCCUUUGUGAUAUGCAGAAGCUGAUUCAGAGCACCCCCAAGUCUAAGCUUUAACCCUACAGCAGCCUGGAGACUUUAACCACAGUAUAUGGUGGUUUGAAUGGACACGUGUGAGUGUGGGCACCAGCUGGUUAGCAUUGAAGGACUACAGCAGUUAGAUGUGGUGCCCUCUCUUCUUUGGACUAGCAGCCGGUCUAAAUACUAAUCAGAAUAUUGAAUCCUGCAAGGCAACCAGGGGGUUUAUUAAAACUGCUGCCUGUAGUCACCAGUCGGAUAGCCGCUUUCCCUUGGGAAAUGAAAGCCCCCGCUACAGUUUUGCUAAAUCUGCCCCAAUCCUAACUCUGAUGUUGCAUGCAUUUGAGUGGCGGUUUUUUAUGGCUCGUUCUGUGUAAACUGCUAUCAUAUUUGUGUUUACUGAUUUAGGAUAUUAGAGAGUUUACUGGUGCUUCUGUGAGCUACACGAGGGGCCGUACAUGGUAUGGCACAGAAUGGGAUUAGGGGUUUCUAAAGACCUGGAUCUUCAUGGUGGGUGUUCAUGACAGGUCACUUUGUGGAGGGGUGGUACAGGAUUAGAAAAACAUGGCAGAUUUCUUCCAGAAACGGCGCAACCGCCUGUCCAUCUGCUGUGUGUGAUAUUGCAGCUCCUGCCAUAGAGCCCCACCCACCCGACAGAGGUCUAGAGUCAACUUUCUGGCGAAGGUCGGCAUUUUAUUUUUUCUUUUCUGUUAUAUUACACCAUUAGGCCCCAUUUACAUGACCCCGUAUUGUUGCCCCGCAUCUGAUCUGUAUUUUUUUGCAGAUUGGUUGCGGACCAAUUCCUUUUUAAUGGGGCUGCCAAAAAUGCGGACAGUAUGUCUGUUCUGCGGCACCACAAAAAAGAGAGAACAUGUCUUAUACUUGUCUGUUUUGUGGACAAGAAUAGGCAUUGUUACAUUGGGUCUGCAAAAAAAAAAAGUCAUCUGUAUCUUGCAGAUCUGCGGAGUGGAUACAUACGGCCAUGUGAAUGUACCCUAAAGCCUCCUGCACACAACCGUAGGUGUUUCGUUGCCGUAUUAUGGAUCCGCAAUACACGGGCACUGUUCCGUGUGCAUUCCGCAUCACGGAUGCGGACCCAUUUUCACUUCAGUGGGUCCAUAAAUCCGGAGUAACGGAACCACUACAAAAUGCUUCCGUGGGGUUUCAUCCCGUACUUCUGUUACGCAAACAGAUAGAUAGAACAUGUUCUAUCUUUUUGCAGAACGGCCGGAUCACGGACCCGUUAAAGUGAAUGGGUCCGAUCUGCUGCCGCAUGGACGGUGUUCGUGCAUUGCAGCACGGCCACGAGUAUGAUGUGAACAGAGCCUUAUUUAAGCUGAACUGCAAUACCAGACACAGCCUAUGUAUAAGAAUGGCGCUGCUUCUGUAAUAAAACAGCCAUGUUUUUCUAAUCCUACAUAGUCCCUUUAAGAUGGGAAGACACUGGUGAAGUGUAAAAUAGGCUUAAUGGGGUAUUCCGGUUACAUAAAUUUAUCUGGUAAGAGUGCUGGGUCCCCAACAAUCACAAGAGCGGGGACCUGUACCCUUUGGCGCCUCCUCCCUCCCUCCCUCCCUGCCGAAA